GAUAAUGUAAAGUCCUUUGCAAACCCUAAAAGCUUUGUUUCUAAAUAGUAUUGCAAUUUAGGUUUGGUGCGAGGGAAAAAAAAAAAAAAAACUUAAUGAUUUAAGGUAUCUCAAAGUCUGACCUUGGGCAUUCCAAAGUGGAAUGGGCCAUUUCAGGAGAUCAGGGGUUCUCUUCAUCUUUAAAGUCUUCAUAUAAGACCGAGAUAAUCGAUUAUCUAUAGGAGCUUGUGGAGGGCAGUCUGGUUCGGGUUGGGGAAGGGGGGAGGGUUGCCCAUAUAGCGAGGGCUACGUCUGUGCUUCGCUGGUGGUCAUACAAUUGGUGUGAGAGGCGAGGAUCAAACCCUAGAGGGCUAGGGUAGCUGGAAGGUGGAAAAAGGGAAAAGCAGGCUAGUCAGACCACGCAGCUAGCGUAGAGGGAGCUGGUGGGCCGGAGCUUUCGGGCUGUCUCCGCCUUCUCCGGGUCCCGGAGGGGUGGGGAGGGGGGUGGCCGCUGGCAAGGGCGGAGGCUGGAAGAGAAAGAGCCCGAGCUCUGCUACUCCAGGCUGCGGCCGAGAUCGCCCAAACUGAGGGAGGCAUGCGGGGCGCGGGGUCGGGGGAGAGGGCCCGGGAAGCCCGGGAGGCUGUGGCCGAGUGCCGGGCGGCGUACGAAGCGCUCAACAGGUUCACUGCCAGCUACAGGCAGUUGGUGCUGGGAGUGGGCAGCUCGGCCGACGGGAGGAGGCUGCGCCGGGCUCUGGAGGAGAGCGGCCGCCGGGGCUUCGAGUUGAGUCUGGGCCUUCGGAACCAGCUUUUGGCCGAGCUCACAGAACCAGGGGGCAGACAGGAGGAAGAGGUGAAAAUGGAGCUGGAGCGGAUCUGGGUGCUCUGUAUGUCUGCCCUGGAAAUUUUCCUGCAGGAUCUGGGUCGGGCCCAUGACCUCAGCAGGAUUUUCCCCCUGCCAUCUCCGGCUUCAGGGACCCAGUUGGUUAAUACUGGGGUUAUAUCCUUUGGGCCCAAGGGCUGGAGUCUGAGACGGCCCAGUGGGAAGACCUCUGAAAGAGCUGGGGAGCUGCCUGAAGAACUGGCCCAAUGGGGGCAUCGCCUGGAAGAGAUGCUUUUGGAGAUGGAGACCAAGGUCAAUGUACCUGUAUGGAGUGUGGAGGCCACAGUGGGAGAUCCCGAAGCAUUAGAGCACAGCCCUGAGAGCUCAGCUGGGAGAAGUCCUCGGGGAUGCUGUGCUCGGGCUCCCGACAGGCUUCAAUCUCAUUGUAUAGUAGCAUGAAGCUGAAUGUAGGCCUACUACAGGGACAUCUCUCCCCUUUCCCCUUGAGAGAUCAGCAGAUGUUAAUCUUUUACACCAGGGAACCAUUUCAAUGUAAGGUUGCUAAGUCAUGUUCUUUCCCAGUUCAAAUCCCAGGAAGGCAAAGGAGGGGGCAUUAUAAGAGAGAACUAAGUCUCAAAAAUAAGGCUCAAGUGCAACUACAAAUAUAAAACAGCUGCAAGGUAGGAUAAUAAUGAAGAAACAAAACUACAUUGCAAAAGGGCCAAUUUUUGGGCCCACUGAUUUAGCUAUGUCUAGUUCUCCAUUUUCCCAUCUGUGACAGAAGAGUGGUUUGGACCAGCUAGCUGAUCCAGUUCCAGGAUUGCUUCCAAUUCAAAACAUUCCAUGGCCUAUGUUCUAAUGUCCUAUCUAGCUCUAACAUUGUACACUGCUUGCUAGAGAGACUAGCUCAGACCCCAGGGAAUUGUUUCCUCUAGAAUGAGGCUCAGCUUACAGCUCAUCAGUUCCCCAUCCUUCCUCCAGAGAGCCAAACAACACAGCAACAGCUUUAAAAAAAAAAAAAACAA